UCCAACUCCAUUUCAGUUUCCUGAGAGAGCGCAAUGGAGGCCAUAGUACUGUAUCCAUCCCCAGGAAUGGGUCAUCUGAUAUCCAUGGUGGAGGUAGGCAAGCUACUUCUAACCCACCAUCCAUCCUUCACCAUCAUCAUCCUCAUCACCACCCCGCCAUUUAACGCAGGCUCCACUGCUUCAUAUAUUGCAGCUGUCUCCGCCACCACAACUUCCAUUUCCUUCCACCAACUCCCCAUCAUCUCUUUAGACCCCGCUGCUUACGACUCCGUCGAAGCCCUCAUGCGCGACCUCAUCCACCUCAACAACGUCCAUGCCGACGCCUCCCUGACUGCAAUCUCCCUCACUUCAACCGUUCACUCCCUCAUCAUCGACCUCUUCUGCUAUCCGGCUCUCGAAAUCGCCGCCAAACUCAACAUCCCAGCCUACUAUUUCUUCACUUCAGGUGCAAGUUGCCUCGCUCUUUACCUUCACAUGCCUAGUAUUCACCGAAACACAACAGAGAACUUCAAAAAUCUCAACACUCUUUUUCACCUUCCCUGCUUGCCUCCCAUCCCUUUAAACCAUUUACCAGAGCCAAUGCUUAUAAGGGACACCACGGUAUACGAUUUCUUGAUAAACUGCACCACCCAUUUGGCAAAAUCAGCUGGAAUUAUUAUCAACACAUUCGAAACACUUGAGCCCAAGGCCGUCAAAGCGUUAUCUAAAGGUUUUUCAAUUCCAGACGGUCCAAAUCAAACGCCCCCUGUUUUCUGUAUUGGACCGUUGAUUGAUACAAAUAAAGGAAGAAGUAAAGGAAAUGGUGAUGAUGAUGAUGAUAAAGGAAUCGAGUGCUUGAAGUGGCUUGACUCGCAACCGAGUCAAAGCGUUGUGUUCUUGUGUUUUGGUAGCAUGGGGUUGUUCUCCAAGAAACAAUUGAUGGAAAUAGCUGUUGGCUUAGAGAAAAGCGGCCAAAGGUUCUUGUGGGUGGUGCGUAAUCCACCUUCUAUUAACAAAAACCAGGGUUUUACGGCAGGACCGGACCCAGCUUUAGAUUCUUUACUUCCGGAGGGUUUCUUGGAUCGUACGAGUGACAGAGGGCUCGUAGUCAAGGCAUGGGCACCACAGGUGGAGGUGCUGAAUCAUGACUCGGUAGGCGGGUUCCUGACUCACUGCGGGUGGAACUCGGUGCUGGAAUCGAUUUGCGCGGGUGUGCCAAUGGUUGCGUGGCCACUUUAUGCGGAACAAAAGUUCAAUAAAAUACUGUUAGUAGAGGAAUUGAAGCUGGCUAUGCCUGUUAACGAGUCAGAGAGCGGGUUUGUUAGCGCGGAGGAGGUAGAGAAGCGGGUCAGAGAGUUGAUGGAAUCGAAGGAAGGCAACUCGCUCAGGAAUCGUACAAUGGCAAAGCGGAAAGAGGCAGUAGCAGCACUGCGCGAGGGUGGGCCAUCUCGUGCUGCAUUAGCCCAAUUACUCAAGUGCUGGGCUUGAGAAGCGCCGCAACACACUGCUGAGUGAAAAGAACUUCGACACGAAAAAAGGUAAAAUAAGAAGUGUUUUGCUUUAUUUUUUGAGUAAGGUUUGUUGUGGAAUUGAAUACUAUUUCUUUCUUCUUUAUUUUCUUUGCCAAUUUGGGGACGAAAUUGAAUAUGUCAGUGGUAUUUGUAAUCUUUCAGUUUUAUCUCUUAAAUUGAAUAUGUCGAAGCAAUGGUCAUGGGCUUCUUAU